AUGAAAACUACUACACCUUUACCAAAUGGAAAAAAAUAUCAAUUUGAUCGUUUAAUUUUUAAAAAUAAUUCAUUAGUAUUAAAAUCAUAUUUUGAUAUUAUUAUUCAACCAGCAUUAACUCCUGAAGUAAAUACUUAUUCAAGAUUACUUGUUGAUUAUUUUGUUGCCCAUGGAAAUAUAUGUUUGUUAUUUAAACAAAUAGCAAAACAUGACAUUGAUAUUAGUUCAAUAGAAACAAAAACAUUUAAAGGAAGUUCUGUUUUAGUAAGGUUAUAUAAUGAAUAUGCAAAUAGAUUUUUAGUUGACUUUGCAAAGAAUUCUUUACAAGAAGUUCUUCAAAAUCUUAUUUUUGUUCCAUCAAUUCCUCAUGAACAAUUAAUUACAAAAUUAUGUGAAGGAAUAUAUUCUUCUUUAAAAACUAUUCCUCCACACUUCAUUCGAUCAUUACAAAUUAUAAAUGAAGAAGUUGAAAAUAAACAAACAAAUCAUAAUUCUACUCAAUGGGUAUUUCAACAAUUAUUUUUUGUUAGAUUUCUAUUUCCACUUCUUGAAAAUCCUUUAUUUAUUCUUGAUGGAGUAAAACAGGAUGAAUUAAAUUUAAGUCAAAAAAAAAUUAAUCAAUUUGCUCAUUACUUUAAACAAGUAGUAAAUAGUGGAAUAGGAAAUGAAGAUAUCAUUUCUAUAGUCAAUAAAACAAUCUAUUAUUUAAAUAAACCUGUUGCACUAUCCAUUGAACAAAGUGGACUCGAUUUAGAAGAACAAAAAAGGCUUCACGCAUUAAUUGUUCAAGCAUUUAAAGAUCACCAAAAAGAUAUAAUUAAUUAUUUAAAUUUAUCAGAAAAAGAAAGAAAAGAAAAGAAAGAAGGUGGCGAUUUAACUGGAAAAAUUACGUCUUCCUUUCUUUCUUCUAUUGAACCAAGUGAAUUAAAAAUGAAUGAAAUUGAAGCAUUAAAUGAAGCAAAUAGACUUAUUUAUUUUUAUAGAGAUACUUAUUCUCAAAGAAUAGAAGAAAUUACAAAAGAAAAUAUUAUGUAUCAUGAUUAUUUAUUAAAUCUUCAACACCGAAUUCAAAUUAUUACACAACAAAUAGAAGAAGAAAAAGUUAUUCAUGAUAAAUUAUCAAAAGAACUCUAUGAAGUUGAAAAAAUUGAACAAACUUCUUCACAAGAAAAUAGCAUAAGUAGUUUUAGUAGUUUUAGUUAUAAUUAA